CGUAUGUGCCUGUGUUGGUACUGGAGAGGGAUUGUCUACGUUUCCACACGUUUGGCGAGCUGACUGUGUGUGUGUGUGUUAUAGUGAUUAAACAUGCUGGCAGGAUAUACUCUUUCUGGAUUUUCGCUGACAAAUCCAGCCUUUGUUUACCUUGCUUGAAUUGACACAAGGUUGACAUUGCGGCUUCGUGACGAUUUAAACAAUGAUUACUGUUGCUGACCGGAGAUGGACCGAGUCGCGCUCUUAGCUGCGGAAAAGCGGUGCUGCGCUCAAAGUCAGCGGGGCGCGAGGCAAAGCGCCGCAGUGACGUGUGACGUUGACGUUCCGCCACGUCCCUGAUGAAGGUUACAAAAAGAAGACGGAAAGCCACGCCCACCUGCCUCAGUCUUUGCGCCAGGUAAAUGGCUUCUUUAAGUUUGGAGCCUCCUGAGUCACGUCCACCUGGCAGAUGCAGCGUGUAGAGCCAGCUGUCCAGGAGCAGACAAACAUGAAUGGGGCCGGGGAGCAGGCUGACAUUCUGCUACCCAACUGCAUGGUGAAGGAUAGAUGGAAAGUGUUGAAGAAAAUCGGAGGAGGUGGCUUUGGGGAGAUAUAUGAAUGUCUCGAUCUGCUUACGAGGGAGAAUGUGGCUCUGAAGGUGGAGUCUGCCCAACAACCAAAACAAGUCCUCAAGAUGGAGGUAGCCGUCUUGAAGAAGCUACAAGGUAAAAAUCAUGUCUGUAAAUUCAUUGGAUGUGGAAGAAAUGAAAAAUUCAACUAUGUGGUCAUGCAGCUUCAGGGAAGAAAUCUUGCAGACCUCAGAAGAAGCCAACCACGAGGAAUCUUCUCCUUGAGCACAACCCUGCGAUUGGGAAAACAAAUACUCGAAUCAAUUGAAGCCAUUCAUUCCGUUGGGUUCCUGCACCGGGACAUCAAACCAUCAAAUUUUGCAAUGGGAAGGCUUCCAGCUACAUCCAGGAAAUGCUAUAUGCUUGACUUUGGCCUUGCAAGACAAUACACCAACACAAAUGGAGAAGUCAGACCUCCAAGGCCUGUUGCAGGAUUCCGUGGUACUGUACGCUACGCUUCGGUGAAUGCACACAAAAACAAGGAAAUGGGUCGUCAUGAUGACCUGUGGUCCUUAUUUUACAUGUUAGUGGAAUUUACAGUUGGUCAACUACCAUGGCGAAAAAUAAAGGAUAAGGAACAAGUUGGACAAAUAAAGGAGAGAUAUGACCAAAAGCUCCUCCUGAAACACAUGCCUACAGAGUUCUACACCUUUCUAGAUCACAUAUUAAGUCUCGACUAUUUCACCAAGCCGGACUACCAGCUUCUUAUGUCAGUCUUUGAUAACAGCAUGAAGGAGCGAAUAAUACUGGAGAAUGAGCCAUAUGACUGGGAGAAUAUAGGGACGGACAUGUUGCUGUCAACCAGUGCAUCUACCCCCCCUCAUCACCACACAAGACAGACAGCAGCCAUGGUGGGUGUCAUCAACGUUACUCCAAUACCUGGAGACCUUCAGAGGGAGAACACGGAUGAUGUCCUCCAGGACGAGCACUUCAGUGACCAAGAGAACGCCCCACUAAUGGGGCCCACACGGCCUGGAGAUGGCAAUCAGCUGCCUGCUGAGAGAGAUGGCUGGGAGGAUAUUGAUAUCAACCGCAACAAGCUCAGGGUCUGCACAAACAAGGAAGGCCUGGAGGAAGACCCCAGUCGAGUAGCUUGCCCAGUCUCUCCAGUCCGGGGAGGACCUGCCGAGUUGGUCAGCAUUCCCGUCCGUUCUUUAUGCCACCAGCGGGUCAACAGUCCUGAGUCUGAACACCUGUCUGUGGCUGAGGGGCGACCUGAUAGCUGUGGACAAAGGUCUCACGUGGACAUCAUGGUUUCACCAAGCAGACAUGUGUACUCAUCCCAGCCUGCCCAGAUGCUGUCAGUGGACAACGGCCAGGUGGAACAGCCGGUGAACAGCCGACCAGAGGUCUGUGCCUCACUGGGGCCAGAGGUCCAUUCAGUGCCACUGGCUGAGGAGGAGGACUUCGACAGCAAGGAGUGGGUGAUCAUUGACAAAGAGACAGAACUGAAGGAUUUCCACCUAGGUGCUGAGCCCACCACCUCAGGCACUACUGAUGAAGAACCAGAGGAACUGAGGCCUGUGGAAGAGUACGAGGAGCGCAGGAGGCGUGGAGUAGAACCCGAGACUAUAGUGCGGCCCAGGACUCAGGAGGACAGGUGUCGGGGGAUGCUGCCAGUGGCAGAGGAAGAGGUUUCCCGGAGAAGCAGUGGCCACAGUCAGCUAGAGAACAACCAGGAGGGACCCACAGCACACCAAGCCCAGUCACCUUGUCACACACUGCCUUCCACUCGACCUAAACGAAGGGAGUCUGACCCAAGUGGGCCACAAAACCAGUCAGAGGAAGAAAGGCCACAUUCUGGACAGUCUGUGCAGAGGCCCAAUCAGCUGAGACGGCUAGCAUCCUACGUGUUCUCCUCCUCAACUCUGGAAACGGAGCAGUACCCCCACCCAGGUGGCACGUUCAUCCAGCGCAGCCGCUCAGCCGAGAGCAGCCCGGCCCGUAUGCCCUCCCGAAGGCACGCGCCCCUGCCAACUGGGGCCUCGCGGCGCAGGCCACUGGUGCUCAAUGUGUCACGACAGCAAAUACAGCAGAUGCUAGCCAAACUGAUGAACAAGACGUGAACUGCAGCCUCGCUUUCUUGUCCUCCGUCAUGACUCCCUGCUGAUCAAAACGAAAGAUUUUAUCAAUGCAAUAAACACAGGUUAUGGUAUUUGUGCAGUAAGGAAGCUUGAAGAAUGCCACCAGAGAAAGCUGUGCUCAGUAUUGUCAAGGCACUUCACCAGUUAUCCACAAGACACCGUAAUUUGGGUGUUGGUUCCUUUCCGAAUGAAGAAGAAUGACCACGUUGAUCCUCUGAGGGACAUCUCAGAUCUUGUACAGGAUACAUUUUUUAGUAGAGAAACACAGUAUUUAUAACAAAAUUCAAAGCAAUUUUGAAGUCUUAGCUGAGCAGAGACAUGAUGUACAGGUAUUAUUGCGAAAAAAGUUCCUCGUUUCCUGCUAUAGGGAAAGCGUAACACUCAUCUCCGUCACCUGAAGGAAAGAAAUCAUCACUGGCUACGCAGCUUGAAUUUGCAUCCUCAUUAUUUGUGAAUUUUUACUGUACUAUAAUGUCAAGGUCACCGUGCUUCCAAAGAAUUGCACAUCUAACUCUCGGUUGGGAUGUUAUGCGAUUCACCCAUUUUACAUUUAGCUUAAGAUGAAAAAGCAAAAUCCACUCAGAAUCCUUUACCUGCUUUCAUGAGUAAAAUUAACUUCUUUACAGUUUGUACAACCAAACAAACUUUAUAGUUUUUACCAUACUGACAGAACUGAAUAAAUUAUAUCCAUCUCUUUGGACCAGAUUUUGAAAUCAAUGCCUUUUACGUUUUUAGAAGUGAAUGGGCAGCUUGGUUGUUUUUCUUUUUGUUUCAGUUGUUAUGCCUCAGGCCAAAACAGUGUUAGAGCGAUAGAAGAUUGUUGUAUAAACAGCAUCUCAUAUGUAUUCAAAGAGCUGAGCUCAUAACAGAAGAUGGAACAUAUAUUUAAGUCUUCCCUGCAAAUCAAAACUCUUCAUGCCAUUAAGUAAAUAAAAAUUAAACCGUGGUUGAAAGACUAGAUCACUUUGGCAAUUGUGAAAGUAGUAGGUUGGUAGCAAGAAGCCCUGUAAUACAUAGAUUGCACUGUCUAAAUUGUAUAACUUUAACAAACAUCGAGUGUGGUUAACAUACAUAUUUUUCAUUCUGUGUAAUCACUGCACUAACAAUCACUGUGUGAACAGGAAACAAUUGUGUGCUCAUGUGAACUGUACAGUAUACCGCGUUAUAGUCCGUUAAUCGCGGUGAUUAUGAAACAUUCAAAACGGUGCUGUGGCUGCUUGUGGGUAGAGCGAGCCACAAAGGGCACGGUGGUACCUGGGGCCGGAUUUUGGAGCGCGGCACAGCGGGGGGCACGUAACUCCUUAAGACAGCGCAGAGAAGAGCAGAAGAGAGGCAUCAUCACCAAGACACAUUCACCUCCUGCAGCAGCCAGUUAGUUCAGCAGCAGGAGCAGGAGCAGGAGCAGUAGCAGCAGCAGCGAUAGGAAGACCCAUCCUCCAGUCUCCUCUCUGCACUGCAGGCCAGUAAAGCGCAUGCGAGCGGAGGACAAUGGUUCAUCCAAAGGAGAAACAGCCCGGUCGGUGUCAUUGGGAGGACGAAUGUUCACGCGGGUGGGAACGAAAGCCGGCUGCAAGUGCUGCUUUGUCUGCUCUCACCCUUCUGUCUCACAGGUGCCUACUAUGUUCAGUUUUAACACGGCGCAAUAACACUUGAAUAUUUCACCCAUCUAUUGCACUUUAAUGUGUGUUCAGUACAAACAAUGUGCUGUCUGCUUGUGUUUGUAAAUACAAUGGAGAAAAAGAUCAGAGUUAUUGUGAAAACGCACUAUACACGUUCAUGUAAAUGUAUGUCGACAUAAAAUGAUGCUUUUCCAGCGAAAGGUCAGUCGUCGCUGGACGCGCCGGGGAAACAGUUACAAAGUAACAAGUUCCGUUGCUUUUGCAUUCUACUUUAUAUUGUGCGACACUAAAUUAUACGUUCUGAUGAAUAAUUGGAAGAACAUUAAAAUUUGUGAAUUUAAAAUGAAUUAAAUGGAACCUCAGAUAAAAUACUUAUGCUUUAAAUUACACUUUCUCAGAUCAUGUAAUGAACUUCUCAAUGCCAACAUGUUUUAUUCUUAGCAUGUUUUGUUUUCCAAGGCAUUUCUGUUUCUCUGUGUGAAUGCAGUACAAUAUGCUUUUUCUUUGUAAAAUUAAAAUGUUGAUAUUUUUUAAAAUAUUUUUCUUCACCUGCUAUAAUCUCGGACCUAAGAACGGUGCCAUGUGUUUUGGCCUCAAAACUGGAUUAUGAACUGAUGUAAAGGGUGAGGUUGACAAGGAGUUUAAUACCAGGACACACCGUAUGUCUCCCAUCUAAAAGCAUUUCAUUUGAAUGUAGUCACUAUUUGGGUUUGCAAAGACAUAUUUCAGUAUUUUCACUUCACUUUUAUUAGUUCACAAUAAAAUUUAGCAGAAUAGUGCUUGUUCUAAUGAGAUUAAUUUUAUUCUAUUCCCAGUAUUUAAGUUAUAUUCU